UGAUUGCGCGCGCAACUCGCACAGCCAUAACCCACGUCUGCUCCACGGCCGGCUGAGGUAAGAGCAAACCUGCCUCUUCUCCCAAUCGUGAAUUCACAUCCGUUAUAAACAACUUGUCAAAAGUCUCUGUAGGAGCGGUCACACACAGAAGCCUGUGGUGUACAGAUUGGGGGACUGAUACCCUGUUGAUAGUAGCCUUGGACUGCGCAUGUCACCACCACCCGACCCUCACGGAAGCCCCGCCCCUUAGCAAACAAUGUCGAGUGAUGUGGAGUACCUGCUGCUGAAGGAGAAGGGACCCUUCCAUGAUGUGUGCGUGCGCCGCCGGCUGAACACCAGCCCCAGCACGUGCAAGUUCUACGCCGUCGUCAUCUCUAUCCUCGUCGUGUGCAUGGUGUCGCUGCUCGUCUCGCUCGUCUACGUCUUUGUCCUCGUCCCGUCCUGGCAGGGCACGGUGCUGUCGUGGGACGGCCGCCUAGCGGUGGACCGCCAGGACCACGCUUACCCCGAGGCUCAUACACUGUGCGGACCAGUUCGCGGUGUCAUCGAAAAAGGUGUGCACGUGUUCAGGGGCAUCCCCUAUGCCAGACCACCUGCAGGAGAGCGGCGAUGGAAGGAACCCUUGCAUAUGUCCCACUCCGCAGGCACCUGCUGGUCGGGAACCUUUUCUGCUACGAGGUUUGGCAGCCCAUGUCCGCAUCCCGCAGGGAACCUCAGCUACUCGGACAUCGUUGGCCACGAAGACUGUCUGUAUCUCAACAUCUGGACUCCGACCUUGGACCCUUUGGCCAAUCUACCCGUCAUGGUCUGGAUACAUGGCGGCUUUCUCGUGUACCUUAGUGGAAACACUCCCGGAUACUCUCCUACCCCCGAACUGGCCACCAGCACAAACGCUGUGUAUAUCAGCUUCAACUACAGGUUGGGGCCUUUAGGCUUUCUGAGCCUUGACCUUCUGUCCAAGGCCUCUGGCACCAGGAGGUCGGGUAAUUACGGUUUACUGGACCAGCUGUUGGCACUACGAUGGGUGAGGGACAACAUCAAGAACUUCGGAGGCAACCCUAAUAAGGUGACAGUGUUCGGUCAAAGUUCAGGGGGCUCGUCCAUCUCGGCCCUGCUGGCUUCGCCCCUGGCCGCCGGCCUGUUCCACAGGACCUGGGUGUCCAGUCCCCUUCCAUUGCUGCCGAAGGACAUGCGGUCAGCCUCGCAGGACAACCUAGUCCUUCUCAACAAGACCGGCUGUGCUGACCUGGAGUGUCUCAUGAGCCUCACCGCCUCAGACCUUAUUCGAGCUUCACCCUGGAAGGUGUACUGGGACCCCGAGGACCUUUUCGACCUUCCCCAGCCGGGCCCUAUCGCCGGUCUCACUCCUGUUAUUGAUGGUUAUGUUCUCACAUCAUCGCCGUUAGAUACCUGGCACCGAGGGCGAGGAAACAGCGUUCCGACUUUGUUCACAACCACGGCCCAAGAAGCUGACCUGAUGCCUUUUGACCUGGACAUCCGCAACUGGACCUGGUCGCGGUACGAAAGCGAGGUCAGAAAACGCCUGGCGCCCUUCGGCGAGGACGUGGCGGACACGGCGCUGGAGCUCUACCCACCCGAGGACCAGCUGACCCCUGAGUACCAGUACACCAGCAUGGUCAGCGACAUCCGCUUCACCUGCCCGACCGACGCCAUGGCUGACGCAGCGGCCGCCCUGUCACAUGCGCCCGUGUACAGGGCAGUGGUGACGUCAUUCCCCUCCCACCCAAUCACCGUCUUGCAUUCUCUAUGGCGACCCACCUACGCCUUCCACUCUUGGGAUCUGCUCGCUUUCUUCGGCGACUUCGCUGCGCUGGGUUUCACUCCCGAGAAGUUGGACCUCGACUUUCAGCGCGUGCUGCGGCAGCAGGUCAUGACCCUGGCUCGCGACGGCCAGCCGGAAGCCCCUGUCUGGCAGCCAUUCCAUUCUUGCACGGCGCUAUUAUCCGAUCACGUGUUUCCGGUGGACCAUUUCAACAGAGACCGCUGCAGCUACUGGUUGAAAAAGGGCGUCUUGCCUCGCUCUGAUGGCAACUAAAUGUUACAUUCACUCUUCAAAUGCAAAGUGAGAUUUCAAAGCAUUGGUGUCUUUCUCUACCAGACAUUUCUGUCUUGCGCUCCACCCAUCUUUCUUUUAUAAAUAAAUAUAAAAAUAAAAAACAAAAUGGUCGGACGUGUUUGCAAUGAAGUCACCAAUCAUUCCACCCAGCAGAUGUUUUUCUCCACGAAGCACUUCUCUCUUAGCCCUCCCCCAUUUUUUCGUAAAUAAAUCUGAACAAGACAUUUUUUUAAAAUUCCGAGGCUUGGACAUGUUGUUUGCAGUGACGUCACAACCGUUCCAUCCAUCCCAGAAAAUGGCUGCAGUGUUGGCUUUCCUUUGUAUGUAAGACAAGACAUUUGUUUCUACUGAAUUUGUACCCUUCCAGCCCUUCCUUCCCUCAGCCUUCUGGCAGUCCCCUCAACUCCACAAAACACCGAGUGAAUUUGUGUAGCGGCGCAGGAAGGAAGUUCUCACACUGCCUGCAAUUGUCCGCCAUAAUGCCAGACUCGGGUUUCUUCUGCUAGGGUCUGAGCAUCAUCUAAGAUUCCAGACCAUUAUAUUGUAGCCUUGCUUUUUUGUUCGCCCAAAAGGAUAUCUUUCAGUGGUAGAGGAUUUUGUUUGUAUUUUCAUUUUUUCCCUACCUUAUCACGACAGGCUUGUUGACAUUUCUGGAAGAGAACUGGCGGUCAAACAAGCAAAAAGAUGCUAGCUACUACAAAGGUGACGAAAAUUGUUGUUGUCAACAUCUUGGCUAUCCCAUCUUCACACGAAAUUACUGUUCUGUCCUGCAGGAGAGGAGACAUGAAAAUGUUAAAACAUAACUGGCAAGUCAAAGAAUAUUUAUACAUAUAUAUUUUGUUAUCAUAUGCGGGCUGAAAUCCAUUUAUAAUACAGCUUAAAAUGACUGUAAGUGUUGUGAUAUCUGUUUGGGUCUUGUAAUUACUUGUCAUAACUUUAAUAUUUUGAUAAAAUAAUGUGUAUAUAAACAGAGAGACAAAGCAACACACGCACGCAUGCGCAGACAAAGAUUUGAUAUGCUAUUAUUAUUAUAUCCAAAUUGUACAAGAGCGGGGUGCGAUCAUCUCUAAAAUGUUUCCACACUAAUGAGACAGUGUUGAAGUACUUCGCAUACAUAAAUCAUUCUAACCUUGUGUUUGUGUGUGUGCGCGGGCGCUUGUGUAUAUAUGCAUGUGUAUUUGUAUGUAUACAUGUAUGAGUUUGUACGUAUGUGUAUAUACACGAGAGACUGUCUAUAAAAGGUAACAACCUGUAUUUUGUUCCCUGUUAUAUCACUGUUUUAUGAGAUAGCUGGUUAAUCGUUGUGUUAUGCGGAUAUAUCAUGUUCUAUCACACAUGGACAUGUUUUCGUACAGAAAGUUUUACUGCUUUCCUUGAUUUGUAAUAAACUUGAUGUCUUGCAUCAC